CUUUAAAAUCAGGUCUGCAACCAACCUUCACCAACUACAACACUUAACUACAACACUCACCAGUCAGAACCUUUGACUCUCCCAUCACGAGAGUCUAGCUUCUGCCUUUUCCAACACCUACCUACCCACCAACAGCGGCGGUAUCCCACGAGGAUCAACCCCCGCCCUCACACCACCCUCUUCACGCUCGCAGCGCAACGCCUGUGAGCCCAGCAACCCAUCGCAAUCAUGGCGGACAAAGGACUUGAGGAUAUCGAUGCCGGCCAGAUCGAAUCCAACUAUGACGAGGUCACCGAGACCUUCGACGACAUGAACCUGAAGGCCGAGCUCCUGCGCGGUGUCUACGCCUACGGUUUCGAGCGCCCUUCUGCCAUCCAGCAGCGCGCCAUCAUGCCCGUCAUCAAGGGCAACGAUGUCAUCGCCCAAGCCCAGUCCGGCACGGGCAAGACUGCCACCUUCUCCGUCUCCGUCCUCCAGAAGAUCGACCCCUCCCUCAAGGCUUGCCAGGCUUUGAUCCUCGCCCCCACCCGUGAACUCGCCCAGCAGAUCCAGAAGGUCGUCGUGGCCAUCGGAGAUUUCAUGAACAUCGACUGCCAUGCUUGCAUCGGUGGAACGAGCGUUCGGGAUGACAUGAAGGCGUUGCAGGAUGGGCCCCAGGUGGUCGUCGGCACCCCCGGCCGUGUGCAGGACAUGAUCCAGCGCCGCGUCCUCAAGACCGACAGCAUGAAGAUGUUCGUGCUCGACGAGGCCGACGAGAUGCUGUCUCGCGGCUUCACCGAGCAGAUCUACGACAUCUUCCAGCUCCUCCCCCAGUCCACCCAGGUCGUCCUGCUCUCGGCCACCAUGCCCCAGGAUGUGCUCGAGGUCACCACCAAAUUCAUGCGCGACCCCGUCCGCAUCCUCGUGAAGAAGGACGAGCUCACCCUCGAAGGUAUCAAGCAAUUCUACAUUGCCGUCGAGAAGGAAGACUGGAAGCUCGAGACGCUCUCCGACCUGUACGAGACCGUCACCAUCACCCAAGCCGUCAUCUUCUGCAACACGCGUAGAAAGGUGGACUGGCUCACCGACAAGCUCACCGCCCGCGACUUCACCGUCUCGGCCAUGCACGGCGACAUGGACCAGGGUCAGCGUGACGUGAUCAUGAAGGAGUUCCGUUCCGGUUCUUCUCGCGUCCUCAUCGCCACCGAUCUCCUCGCCCGUGGCAUCGACGUGCAGCAGGUGUCGCUGGUCAUCAACUACGAUCUCCCUGCCAACCGCGAGAACUACAUCCAUCGUAUCGGACGUGGCGGCCGAUUCGGAAGGAAGGGCGUUGCCAUCAACUUCGUCACCGCCGAUGAUGUGCGCAUGAUGCGUGAGAUUGAGCAGUUCUACAGCACUCAGAUUGAGGAGAUGCCCAUGAACGUGGCCGAUCUCAUCUAAGCACCACAUCCACAUCACCUUCCCCCCGUGUCUCUUGCAUCGACCGUACCUCCGAGCCUGCUUGGGCAGUGGGGUGCCGUCCUGCUGAAGCAAGAGACGCAUUGCGAUCGAACACGAAUACCUUAUCCAAGCCAGGGAACGUUACUUCCAGCAGCGGGCCAUGGCAGAAAGUGGGCAUAUUCCGAGCGGCGUUUCCUAUGGGUCUUUUGGCUGUUGCACCAGGUUGUUUCCGUCGGGGUUUAGAAUGGGCAGGGUUGCGCUACUCGCAUUCAUGCUAUUCAUGCUGAGACUCCAUUCCGACCUUGUGCGUAGAAUUCAGGUAGCGCAACAAAAAGCUGUGAAAAUCACGUGCCCGGCCCUGUCCGUGUCUUUUGAUGCUGAACGCUCUUUCCCCUUUCUUCCCUCCUUCCCUGUCUACGUGCAUGCGGCAUGCGGCCACCCGCCAAG